GAACCCAUAAAAUUUGUGUAUUAGGCUUCAUCUUAUUUUAUUCGUCUGUUAUAAACAAUAAUAUCAUUUAAUAAUUCUUCAAAGUUUCAUUGUAUUACUCUUAUUUGUUAAUUUAAUUAAUUUAAAAGCUCGAUAAAAAAAAUAGAUCGAUAUUUCAAGCAUACUGUUAUAUCAUGAGGUUAGAAUGAUUGUACGUGAUGAAUAUAUAAAUUGAUAUGAUCACUCCUUGUGUCUCUCUUUUCAUAUAAUAUACAUGAAACGAAUUCAUACGAAAAUGGACAAUUGUGACGAAUCACCUAACAAAUUAGCCCUUGUUGAACGAAAUUACAUGCCACAAGGUAUACAUUUGGUUGAUCCAAAUGCUGUAGCCAAAUCAUCGAAACAAGAUUUAGUUGCAUUAGCAAGGGAAAUACAAAAAGCUGAUAAUUACAUCAAAGCCAAUGCAUGCAAUAAGUUGCAAGUGAUUGCAGAACAAAUGAAAUUUCUUCAGAGACAAGCUGAAAAUAUUUUAUUAGAAGUUAAGCAAAAUAUGAAGUUGCAUCAUGCUGCUUGUAAUUUUGUAAAACAUCCUGGCCAAGUAUACCAUUUAUAUGAACGCAAGUCAGGACAAUAUUAUUUUUCUAUGCUUAAUCCAGAAGAGUGGGGUAAUUCAGGUCCUUCUCAAACCUAUAAAGGUUCAUACAGAUUAGAACAGGAUCAUUCAUGGACACCUAUCUCUGAUGUUCAUACAAAAGACAAUGAAUUAAAUCUCUUUAGUAAAUUGCUUUCAAAUAAUGAAAUGUUAAAUAAUAAUCUAGAUACACUUACUCUUAAUAUAAAUUCUAAAUAAAAAAUAUUGUUUUUAUCAUGAGGAUACCAAAUUUGUGAUAAAAAAAUAUAUAAUAAAAUAUGAUCUUAUGUAAGUGUAAAAAUAUAUAAAUAUAAGUAUGUACAAAAAAUUAAAAAACAUAGUCAUCCAAUUCAACAAAGCAGGAUUUAUUUGAAACUUAUAUUAAAUAUAUGUAGUAUUCAAUGUUUUUAA